CGGUGCAGAAAGUGUCGGCAUACAGCAGUGCCGGCAGCGUGCCCGCCUGCCCUCCUGUUUUUCCUUUUUUUGGUUCUGAAGAGGUGCCUGUCCAUGGCGGGACUCGCUGGUUCCUCGUGGGUAGCCCUUUUGACGCUGAUGCUGUUUGUGGGCAGCAAAGGCGCUGGCGGCACUGGCGGCAGCAGCUCAGGCUACAGGCACAGCGGCAAGCGAACGUCCUUCGGCUUCCGAGUCCAGGCGCGCGACUUUCAGCCCACCUUCAGGCGCUCGCUGCUGCGCAAUUCCACGAUGCCGCUGCACGGUGCAGUGAAGGACUACGGCUAUUUUUAUGCGACACUUUACCUCGGCACCCCAGCCAAGAAGUUUGCGGUUAUUGUGGACACGGGCAGCACCAUGACGUACGUGCCGUGCUCCAGUUGCGGCAGCGGCUGCGGCCCCAACCACCAGGAUGCCGCGUUUGACCCAGAGGCAUCUUCCACGGCCUCGCGCAUAUCCUGCACCAGCCCCAAAUGCAGCUGUGGCUCGCCGCGCUGCGGCUGCUCCACGCAGCAGUGCACCUAUACCCGCAGCUAUGCGGAGCAGAGCAGCAGCAGCGGCAUACUGCUGGAGGAUGUCCUGGCGCUGCAUGAUGGGCUGCCCGGCGCCCCCAUCAUAUUCGGAUGUGAAACCCGGGAGACUGGCGAGAUUUUUAGGCAGCGCGCCGACGGCCUGUUUGGGCUGGGGAACAGCGAUGCAUCAGUCGUGAAUCAGCUAGUCAAGGCUGGGGUGAUUGAUGACGUGUUCAGUCUGUGCUUUGGCAUGGUGGAGGGCGAUGGCGCGCUGCUGCUGGGAGAUGCAGAAGUGCCCGGGAGCAUCUCGCUGCAGUACACGCCGCUGCUCACCAGCACCACCCACCCCUUCUACUACAACGUCAAAAUGCUCAGCCUGGCCGUGGAGGGCCAACUUCUGCCGGUGUCGCAGUCACUCUUUGACCAGGGCUACGGUACCGUGCUGGACAGCGGCACCACAUUCACUUACAUGCCCAGUCCCGUGUUCAAGGCAUUUGCUGGAGCGGUGGAGAAGUAUGCGCUGAGCCAUGGCCUCAAACGCGUGCCGGGGCCGGACCCGCAAUUUGACGACAUCUGCUUUGGCCAGGCACCCAGCCAUGAUGACCUUGAGGCACUUUCGUCCGUUUUCCCUAGCAUGGAAGUCCAGUUUGACCAGGGCACUUCUCUAGUUCUGGGCCCGCUCAAUUACCUGUUCGUCCACACUUUCAACAGCGGCAAGUACUGCCUGGGAGUGUUCGACAAUGGCCGCGCAGGCACCCUGCUUGGUGGCAUAACAUUUCGCAACGUGCUGGUGCGGUAUGACCGGGCAAACCAGCGUGUGGGCUUUGGGCCAGCGCUGUGCAAGGAGCUGGGCGAGAUGCAGCGGCCGCCCUGCUCUUUCUUUGCUGUUGAGGGCAGCGGCGAGCUUUCGGCUGCAGCGGCGGCAGAGGACGGCGACUGCUUGAUGGAGCCCAUGCGGCAGCAGCAGCAGGAGACUUUUGAGGUGGAUGAUGAGGAUGGGCUGGAUGAGGUCUCCCAGGACCAGCAGCAAGACGGGGGGGAUGCCACGCAGGCUGCCAGUCAGCGACGGCCGCCGGUCGACCUGCCAGGCGCUGGCCAGCAAGCCUCGGCCGCCGAGGGACAGCACGUGCAGCCAGUCCAACAAGAGACGCAACAGCAGCAGCAGCAGGAGCAGGAGCAGGUUGAGGUGCCCAUGCACCGCCCGGAGCACAGCAGCGAGCAGCGGGCGCCUGGCAGCGCGCAGAGGGAUCCGCAGCAGGAUGCAGCCGGUGGCGACGGCGUUGCAACCCCGUCCAACAAAAUCAGCAGCAGCUUUAGCGUGGCUGUGGGUCUGCUUGUGGCGGUGGUGGCGGUGCUGUCCCUGGGUUUUGCGGUGGCCCUGCUGCAGCCGGCGACCCGGGAUCGCAUUCGCAGCGCAUUUGGCGGCUCCAGGCACUACCGCACCUUGGAGGAGGACCAGGAUGAGCACGACCCCGAGGGCGGGCUCUCUCCCACCACUUCUGGGGCCACAGCCGCCACUGCCGGGGGCGUGGCCGGAGGCGGUGGGGGCGGCGGCAACGGCGAGCUUCAGGGUGGUGGCGCGCUCAACACCGUCAAGAGUGUGGAGCUGGGCCCCGUGGCGGACCCUCGGCCACGUGGCAUCACCACGCCCCAGAAGCUCCAGCGGACUGUUUCUAACAGCACGGAGGAGUCGGCGGCCGUGCUGGGCAGCACACCCACCCCACGGGCUGCAGUCAAUGCCGGGCAGGGCCCACUGCGCAACCAGCCAUCCUGGCAGGGGCCGUGA